GCCCGACUUCUGUACAAGCGGGGGGCCGAAUUACCCUGCUUGCCGUCGGGAACGCGAGGCUCCAGAGUCCAGACACGGGAAAACGAAACCCACAACCGGCAGAAAUCUAAACCCCUAAACCCACAAAUAGCGUCUCCCUCAGCCUCUCUCCAUAGCUUUGCCUCCGCCACUCUUUUGUAGUUUCCACUAGGCGUAGCAAGCUUGUAUCUCUCCGACAAUGGCUUCGGUGGCCCUGCGAAACCCGAAUUCCAUUUCCAGGCGCUUACUCCCGGUCUCUUCCCAAAUCUACUGGGGCUGCCGGGGAUCAGCCAUUACGCACUCUUCUGUCAUCGAUUCUAUCAGUGGGAAUGACGCGGCUUCGUCUACCACUUCUCCAUGGUGGAGAUCCAUGGCCACUUUCACCAGAACUAAACCUCAUGUCAAUGUCGGCACAAUUGGGCAUGUCGAUCAUGGAAAGACUACUCUAACUGCCGCAAUUACCAAGGUACUAGCCGAAGAAGGCAAGGCUAAAGCUGUUGCCUUUGACGAAAUUGAUAAGGCCCCAGAAGAGAAAAAAAGAGGAAUUACAAUUGCCACGGCUCACGUGGAGUAUGAAACUGCAAAGCGUCACUAUGCUCAUGUUGACUGCCCUGGACACGCAGAUUAUGUUAAAAACAUGAUUACGGGAGCUGCUCAAAUGGAUGGUGGGAUUUUGGUUGUAUCUGCUCCUGAUGGGCCCAUGCCUCAGACCAAGGAACAUAUUUUGCUUGCUCGCCAGGUUGGUGUGCCGUCACUGGUUUGUUUCCUGAAUAAAUGUGAUGCUGUCGAUGAUGAAGAACUAUUAGAGCUUGUCGAAAUGGAGCUCCGUGAGCUUCUGAGUUUCUACAAGUUUCCUGGGGAUGAAAUCCCUAUCAUCAGGGGUUCAGCCUUGUCUGCUUUACAAGGGACUAACGAAGAACUUGGAAAAAAAGCCAUUUUAAAAUUGAUGGAUGCUGUGGAUGAGUACAUUCCUGACCCAGUGCGCCAACUUGACAAGCCAUUCCUGAUGCCAAUUGAAGAUGUUUUCUCCAUUCAGGGGCGUGGAACUGUUGCAACUGGCCGUGUGGAACAAGGGACAAUCAAAGUCGGUGAAGAAGUUGAAAUUUUGGGACUAACAGCGGGUGGCGCCCAGAAAUCUACUGUGACUGGUGUCGAGAUGUUCAAGAAAAUUCUGGACCGAGGAGAAGCUGGUGACAAUGUGGGUCUUCUCCUGCGUGGUUUGAAACGUGAAGAUAUACAACGAGGACAGGUUAUUGCCAAGCCAGGAUCUUUGAAAACAUACAAGAAAUUCGAGGCAGAGAUAUAUGUCCUUACCAAGGAUGAGGGUGGUCGCCAUACUGCCUUUUUCUCUAACUACAGGCCCCAGUUUUACAUGAGAACUGCUGAUAUUACUGGUAAGGUGGAAUUGCCUGAAUCGGUAAAGAUGGUCAUGCCUGGUGACAACGUCACUGCAAACUUCGAGCUGAUUCAACCGGUUCCUCUAGAAGCAGGACAAAGAUUUGCGUUGAGGGAGGGAGGUAGGACAGUUGGAGCAGGCGUUGUCUCGAAAGUAAUUAGCUAGAGUUGGUUGGUCCAUAUAAUCUGGGCUUUUGUACCAUUGUUUCCCCCAUAUGCUUAAUUUAAAUCACGGACGCGGGAGGUUAGGACCAUUGAUGGUUGGAGCAGGAAUGUGCCUCUGUAUAAGUCGAUUUGGAUAUAGGGGCUGCAUGGAGUUUCCUGUUUUUUCAGGGUUGAAUCUAAAGGAGAUUUUGGGAUCUGAUAAGAUUUCAACAGAAGGAAUGGUUUUUCAUUUAGGGUAUCCCAGUCCCUCGUGGAUUUUGAGUUGUGCAAAUAAUAAUACAAAUGUCAAUUAGUA